GCCCAUUCUUUCUUCACGGACUAUUAAUAUGCGCGACUGGCGUAGCCUCAAUGUUGUAACGGAAGUCAAUGAACUGCAUCUUGUUCUAUAAAUUAUAUAGAGAUUCAUUUUUUUUCUUACAUUCUGGACUAAUCUGUUCUGAGUGCCAUGGCGGACAACGGAAACAAGCGGAAAGUAAUGAUCGCUAUGGAUGGGAGUGAAUACUCCGAGGGGGCACUGAAAUGGUUUGUAAAAAAUUUGUAUAGAAAAAAUGAUGAUGACGUCAUUGUACUUCACGUCACAGAUCAUAGAGACUCCAUGUCCUAUUCAUCUCCUUGGAUGCCUGUUGAUCCAGCACUCAUCACUCUGGCAUUCCAAAAGGAGGAGGAAAAGGCGAAAAUCACAAUCAAGAAAUUGGAUGCAAUAAUUAUGGAUGCUGGGCUCCAAGCAAACGUUGUAAGAGCGCACGGCAAUCCCGGAGAACAGAUAGUCAAAAAGUCUGAAGAGCUUGGAAUCACCAUGAUAAUUAUCGCCUCGCGUGGACUGGGAACGAUCAGGCGGACUAUAAUGGGAAGUGUCAGCGAUUAUGUGGUCCACCAUUCGUCCAUCCCCGUUAUUGUAUUUCGUAAUUAACAAACGGCUUUACCAGAAAUAUCAGGGAUGAACUUUUUUAAUGUGUUCAAGACACAUACUGUACCUGUGCCAUUUUUAUCAACAUUUUAUGUUGGACUGCCUUUUGACUUGGUGUAUUGACUAAUAAUUGAAAUAAGGUACUAGACUGAUGGGAGAAAAUUGAAUUAAAGUUUCUAAUAAUCUACAAAAACAAAUUGCAAAGGUAUACCCACUAAGCAUUAAUUUGUAUGAAUUUGUGAGUGGAAUAUGUUUUUCAAUGAAAAAACUUAGGUCCUCAGUUUCAUUUGAAGAACAUAUCUGUACUGUGGUUUAUUUCGAAAAAGUAAAAGCCUUCAAAGUGACUCUGCAGGAAUGUGGUACUUUAAUAAAAGUGUCUACCGCAUUCCUUUAUUUAAAAAUUUUCUUUUCAUGUAUUUGUUCCAUUUCAUUUCUAUAACUAUUUUUGAAAGGAAGUUUAUGUUUUUUUUGUUAAUUUGAUCUAUUUUGAUCAAUAAAAAUGAUUACAGCAAUCUUAAAAAUUUAAAA